AUACAUUAUCAAGCAGCGAGUCACAUACACAUUCGCGCAAGUGAUCAAGCUCAGAUUGUCAGGAUUAUGGCUCAUGUUCUCCAAACCCAUGAGUCCAUCGAUGACACUGCGUGUGUUCAAACAUGACUCAGCGGGAUCCCGAACUAUAAGAAACCCUCGCCCAAACUCCACGCAUCAAAGUCGUCCCAUCAUCGACUUGUAACAAAGUCGUUGAACCGCAAUCGCAAGCAUGACGAAGAUUUUCGUGACCGGCGUGACGGGGUAUAUCGGCGGCGAUGCCAUUUACGCAGUUACGCAGGCGCACCCAGAGUACGACAUUACGUGCCUCGUGCGAAACAGCGACAAGGGCGCGCAGGUGGUGAAAGACUACCCAAGCUUCAAGCUGGUAUAUGGCGAUUUGGACAGCGCGGACUUGCUCGAGGAGGAGGCGAGAAAGGCGGACAUUGUCUUGAAUCUGGCAUACGCAGACCACGCUGGGGCGGCAGAGGCCAUUAUCCGCGGGCUCGGCACCCACGAACCUGAGCGGCCGGGCUUCCUCAUCCACUGCUCCGGUACGGGCGUUUUGCUGAUCGACGACAUCAAGCGUGAUACGUACGGCGAAGAGUCAGACAUUGUCUACGAUGACCUCGAGGGCGUGUCGAAAGUCACGUCCCUUCCAGACGACGCUCCACAUCGACCUGUCGACAAGAUCGUGCUCGCUGCAGGGCAUACGACGGGUGAUGUAGCGAAAACUGCGAUUGUAUGUCCGCCAACCAUUUACGGCGCAGGUCGCGGCCCUGGGAAUCAGCGCUCGCAUCAAGUGCCCGAGCUAGCACGAAGCACGUUAGAGCAAGGACACGGGAUCCAAGUGAACGCCGGCAAGGCUCGAUGGAGCACGGUGCAUGUGCACGACUUGGCAGACGUCUUCCUGAAGCUGGUGGAGAAUGCGGCGGCGGGAGGCUCGCUGGCAGAGUGGCCGGACAAGCCCGCAGUUUGGGGAGCAGAGGGCUACUACUUCACGGAGAAUGGAGAGCAUGUAUGGGGCGAGACGGCGAAGGUGAUUGCGAAGGAGGCGAAGAAGCAGGGCUUCAUUGACACGGACGAGGUCAAGUCUGUCUCUGCGGAGGAGGCGGGCAAGUUGACGACUUGGGGUCAGGCGCUUUGGGGGGCGAAUAGUCGGUCGAGGGCGAAGAGGGCGAGGACAGUGUUGGGUUGGAAGCCAAGCGGGCCUCCCAUUGAAGAGGGGAUUGGGAGUGCGGUUGAGUAUGAGGCAAAGCAGCUGGCCAUCAAGCCCGGGCAUGCAAAGGUUGCUGCUGGCGAUGCUUAAGCCGGUCAAAGGGACGGGAGGCGAAGAUUGAUAUAUCAAAAAGUCAUGCCAGAAUGCUAACAGGCGGAGAAUUGACAAAUCGUCCCAUCAAUCAGAUUGAUGUAUGUCUCCCUUGAUUGGAUAGAAGUGAGGAUAAGGAGGUGGUGCAUGCACUACUGUACAACAACCUUGACAAGCAUCAAGCAUCUCGUGUCGGAGUGGAUGCAUGAAACACGAGGAGGUGUUUCGUGUCGGACCCCUCGGCGCGUCAGUUGAGGCAGCCGCGGGUCGGCCUCAGCCACGCCCGCGUUUCACAUGUCCGAAAGGG